AUGGGCGACGUAAGCAUCGUGUCCCGGCGCAUGAUCCGGCCGGAACCAACCACCUCGCCGCCGGAGACCAUCCACCUGACGCCAUGGGACCUGCGGAUAAUCACCGUGGAGCACAUCCAGAAGGGAGUUCUCCUGCCAAAGCCUCCCACCACCGGAGGACAGGGACGACUCCACGCCGCCGUCGUCGUCGAACACCUUGCGUCCUCUUUCGAGCGUGCGCUGGGACGCUUCUACCCCUUCGCCGGCCGCCUCAUUGCCACGCCGGGCCGCAGCGACUGCGACGGAGGGCCACCUAAGAGCCUCGUCGUUUCGCUGCGCUGCAGCGGCGAGGGCGCCGAGUUCGUGCAUGCCGUGGCACCCGGCGUCACCGUGGCGGACGUCACGGCCGCGAUCUGCGUUCCGCGGGUGGUCUGGUCCUUCUUCCCGCUCGAUGGGAUGCUCGGCGUGGACGCCAUAGCCGACUCCCGCCCGGUGAUGGCCGCUCAGGUCACCGAGCUCACCGACGGCGUGUUCGUCGCCCUGUCACUGAACCACGGAGUCGCCGACGGGACAGCCUUCUGGCGCUUCUUCAACACCUGGUCGGAGAUCAGCCGCCGCAGCGUCGACGGCGACGGUGGCUGCGAGGUCUCCUCGCCUUUGCCGGUGCACCGGAGGUGGUUCCUCGAAGGCUGCCCCGUUCCAAUCCCCCUGCCCUUCGGCAGCGUGGAGGAAAUCGUCGGCCAGCGCAUAGGUUCGUACCCGCCGGUGCAGGAAUGCUUCCUCCGUUUCUCAGUGGAGAGCGUGAAGAAGCUCAAGGCGAAGGCGAACGCCGAGAUGUCCAGCACCGCCACCGCCACAAUCUCCUCGCUGCAGGCCCUGCUGGCGCACCUGUGGCUCGCAGUGUGCCGGGCUCGGAGGCUUGCACCGGAUCAGGAAACGCUGUACACUCUCCUCGUCGGAUGCCGGGGCCGCGUGGAUGGCGUUUCAACAGAUUACUUGGGCAACGCGGUGGCGUAUGCCGCUGCGCAGUCCCCCGCCGGCGAGAUCCUCGACGGAGGGCUGGGAAGGGCGGCUUGGCUCCUGAACAAAGCAGUCGCAUCGUUUGACGAGAGGGCCGCGAGGGAGAAGCUCGCGUCCUGGCCCGGAGAGCCCAGCUUCGCAAGCAUGGCGGCGUUCUCGGCUACCGCUCACACGAGUUUGCUGACGGGGAGCUCGCCGCGGUUCGACGUGUACGGGAACGACUUCGGGUGGGGCCGGCCGGUGACCGUGCGGAGCGGGGCGGGGAACAAGCUGGAUGGAAAGGUGACCGCGUACGAGGGCGGAGACGGCGCGGGAAGCAUGGCGCUGGAGGUGUGCCUCGCCCCGGAGGCGCUCGCCAGGCUCGUCGCCGACGAGGAGUUCAUGGCCGCGGUUGGUGCGACUCAUUGUUGA